AUGAGCUUCUCCAUGAGAUUGCUGGAGACACGCAAGACGGCCACCCAGCGUGAGAUCUACUACACCUUCGUCAAGCACUUCGCAAAUCAGACGAAGUGCAACGACGCCAUCCUAGACUGCUGCAGCUUGCUCGGCGAGCCGCGCCACUGCCUUGGCAUUGUCGCGAGCUCCAGGGGCUACCUGGCGGGACGCAUAUCCAUUCGCGGCGAGGGCUUCGAGGACUGGCAAGACCCUAGAUCCACUGGCGGGUCGUCGGGUCUGGCCAUCACUUCCGACUGGCUAACGCGUCCCCUGGAGCUUAAGUCCGACGCUCGCAUCGUCCUCGUCGUUGAGAAAGAUGGGGUUUUCAACCGCAUGGUUGAGGACGGCUUUUACGACAGGGCGAACGUUUCCACACUCCACUAUCUUCGCAGGAUUCCGAGUGUCCUAGUCACUGGGCAAGGUUUCCCGCCUUUAGCGGUUCGAGCGUGCGUCUACAGGCUGGCCGAGGCCUUGGACUUGCCGGUGCUUGGUCUGGUCGACUGCAACCCGUUUGGGCUCAGCGUUUUUCUCCAGUACAAGGAAGGCUCGUCGAGGCAGGGACGGGGCUCCGCCAAAUUCGGGGUGCCCGAAAUGAAGUGGGUGGGUCUUCGCCCUUCCCAGCUUGACGAUCUUGACCUUCCGGAUGAGGUGCACCAGACGCUCUCUCAGCAAGACCUCUCCAGGGCGCAAUCCGUCGCCAACUCUACGCUUGUCACAGACAACCCCGACACGUACGGGGAGGAGGUAGAGUACUGGCUCGACACCGAAAACCCAGGCAAGGGAAAGGGAUGCGAGAGAAUCUCUCCAAACACGUCGAUUGGCAAGGGUGAUCUUCCUAUCGUUUGGCCCAGCUUGGCGAUAGAGCAAUCAAUGUACCUCGUCGUGUCCCUUUUGUCCAAAACUGCUUUUUCUCUCUUUCUGAUGCAAAUUUUCCCUCUGAGGCUGUACUUUCUGUCAUCGCGUAUCCCUUAG